AUGGCCAAACCAGAACACUUUGACGUCGUGGUCGUUGGAGCAGGCAUUGCAAGUCUCGGUGCCGCAAAGGCGUACAUGCAAUGUGCGCCACAAACGAACCUCCUCAUCGUCGACUCCAACAAGACCAUUGGCGGCGUAUGGUGCAAGGAGAACGUCUACCCUGGCCUGCGGACCAACAACCUCUUUCCAGCACUACAGCUCCCGGACUAUCCCUUCCCAGACGAUCUCGGCGCUCGACCUGGUGAGCACAUCCCUGGUGAAUCGCUACAUCAGUACUUCGUGCAGUACGCGGAGAAGUUUGAUCUGGCACAGAGGGUGAGGUACCAGACCACUGCUUUAGAAGCCGAGAAGACGGAGGAGGGUUGGAAACUGCUCGUGAAGACGAAGGGUGAGGAGUACUUCCUCACGACUGCCAAGUUGAUCGUUGGGACUGGGAUCACUUCGCGAGCGCAGAACAUGCGUCUCAAGGGCGACGACACGUACAAUGCGCCUGUCUUACACGCCGGUGCCCUGGCUCGAGAGGCACCUGCCAUAGCAAAAGAUCCUAAGGUCGAGCGAGUAACGGUGUACGGAGGUUCCAAGUUUGCUUGGGAUACAGUCUAUACAUUCGCCUCUGCUGGAAAGCAGAUCGAUUGGGUAAUUCGAAAAUCAGGACAUGGACCGACCUGGAUCGCCAACAUCUAUGCCAAGUUACCCAUUCUGGGAGAAGUAUGGGCUGAGCGCCUGGUCACCACACGAUUCGUGCAAUGGUUCAGCCCAUUCCCCUGGGUGCUGGAUGGAAGUGGAUGGUGGAGGGGGUUCUUGCAACGAACCUGGCUGGGUCGAAAGAUCAUGUCGGGAUUCUGGGACAACAUGGGCCACGACAUGUUGACGCAAUCUGGGCUCACGAACCAUCCGAGUCUGAAAGGGUUGUGGCCUGACUGCGGCUUCUUCGACAUCGCCUCUAGCUUUGCCGUGUUCAACUAUCCCACCGAUGUUCUGGAUUUCGUAAGAUCAGGCCAGGUCAAAGUGUACCGCGAGGAUGUCUCUCACCUUUCCGACCACACCGUCCACCUUGCAGACGGCACCAUCCUCCCCUCGGACGCCCUGGUCGCAAGCACCGGCUGGCAAUGGCAACCCACCCUCAAAUUCAAAGAUACCCACCUCCACUCAGACAUCGGCGUCCCCAGCGCCGACCUCACGCCCUCCCAAAAAUCCUUCUGGAACGAAUGGGACACCAAAGCCGACAACCACAUCAUGACUUCCUUCCCCUACCUCGCCACGCGGCCCGUCCCUCCAAACCAAAACGAAACCGCCAAAGCCAACCCCUACGCCGCCCCGACGACCCACGACCUCGAAAAACAACCCGACUACUCCCCCCUCCGGCUCUACCGCACCAUCGCCCCACCCAGCCUCUCCGCCCGCGGCGACCGCACCCUCGCCUUCGUCGGCUUCGGCGUCAACAUCUCCCACAGCCUCAAAGCCGAACUCACCGGCCUCUGGAUCUACGCCUACUUCCACGACCUCCUCACCAUCGACCCGCAGCACCACCUGCGCGACCAGACCUACUACGAAACGUCGCUCAUGGUGCGCUGGAGCACGCGGAGGCAUACGUAUGGCUGGGGUCAGAGGUUUCCGGACUUCAUGUGGGAUGCGGUGCCGUGGAAUGAUGUUUUGUUGGGGGAUUUGGGGCUGGAGGGACGGAGGAAGGGGAGUUGGUGGAGGGAGACGUUUGAGCCUUAUGAGCAUGAGGAUUAUAGGGGGUUGGUGGCGGAGUGGUUGGCGAAGAGGAGGGCCGGCAAGGAGAAGAGUUUGUAG